CGUAUAUCAAGCGUCUCUCUUACUUGUUACGCCAAUAGACAGACGACGUCGCGCUUUACGUAUCCAUCCGUCCAAUCGUUCUUCGAGACGCCCGUGACGACGGGCAUUACGUAAUUCGAAUCGCCCUUAAACGGUCCAACGAGCGAUGCCGUUACGGUUCGUCCAGUCACGUGGUACGACCUGGUAAGUUGCAGCGAUCGUCUGCCGAGUCGCCAUGUCAGAAAGGAAGGGGGAAGGUGGUGGACGUCGAACGAGUCAAAACAGAUAGGUCCGAUGUUUACUUAGAUAUAAAAAAGGUGCCAUCAUGACGAUUAUAUUGUUCCUCGUAGACACAAGUGCAUCAAUGAAUCAACGCACAUAUUUAGGUGCUAGGCCAACAUUGUUGGACGUAGCUAAAGACGCGGUUGAAAAAUUCAUCAAGAUUAGACAAAGAGAUUCGGCAAGUCGGGGGGAUCGGUAUAUGCUCCUUACAUUCGAAGAGCCACCAUCGAAUAUUAAGGCUGGAUGGAAAGAAAGUCAUGCAACUUUCAUGUCGGAACUCAAAAACUUGCAAUGUUAUGGGAUGACGAUGUUAGGGGCUGCAUUAAAACAUGCUUUUGAUUUGUUGAAUAUCAAUCGCAUGCAGACAGGAAUCGAUACUUAUGGUCAAGGAAGAUGUCCUUUUUAUCUAGAACCGUCCAUUAUUGUAGUCAUAACUGAUGGAGGAAAACUUACCACCAUACAUGGAGUUCAAGAUGAGUUAAAUCUACCAAUGCAUUCAUCUGUCCAAGGUUCCGAACUAACAAAAGAGCCGUUUCGAUGGGAUCAGAGAUUAUUCUCGUUAGUUCUUAGAUUAACCGGUACGCCACCGGUCGAAAGGGAUCCAAAUUCCGUUGUUCCACCCGAUACUUCGCCUAUUGAUGCCAUGUGUGAAGUUACUGGCGGUCGAUCAUAUGCAAUAACAUCGCAAAGAAUGCUAAUGCAAUGUUUGGAAUCUCUAGUUCAAAAAAUACAAGGUGGAGUUGUUAUUUUUUUCGAGAAAAUUGGGCCCGAUCCGCCUCCAAUAAACAAUGAAGAGAAUAACCAAGAUGAAAAGAAUAAGUUAUCACAACAGAAUCACUGCAUACCUAAUAAUAACCAAAAUGGAACUAUAACGCCUUCAGGAAUGCCAAAUAAUUCUGUUAGUCAUACCGCGUGGCAGAGCUGUCGGAAGCUGAUAUAUGUACAAAGAUCGGCACAGAAGGGUUACUCUGUAGGAUAUUGGCCUAUUCCGGAAUCAUUUUGGCCCGAUAUGAAUAGUCCUGCAUUACCUCCAAGAAAUGCACAUCCAGUCGUAAAAUUUACAUGUACUAAUAAUGAACCAAUGGUUAUUGAUAAUUUACCAUUCGAUAAGUAUGAAUUAGAACCAAGCCCUUUAACGCAAUACAUUUUAUCUCGUAAACAACCUACAGUCGCUUGGCAGGUAUUCAUUAGCAACAGUCAUAAAAGCACUGAAAUAGGACAUACAUUUGGUUAUUUAAAAGCUAGUACCAGUCUGACUUGUGUUAAUUUAUUUGUGCUUCCUUACAAUUAUCCUAUUCUUUUGCCACUUCUUGAUGAAUUAUUUAAAGUUCAUCGAUGUAAACCUACCCGAGAAUGGAAAAUUCAGUUUGACAAUUAUUUGAAAAAUAUGCCCCUUUACUAUGCUGGUCCAUUGAAAAGAGCUUUACAACGAAUGGGAGCACCAAAUUUAGUACCUGACAGCAUGGAGAAUUGCUUAAGUUAUAGUGUAUUGAACUACCUCAAAAGAUUAAAAAAUCAAGCAAAAGCAGAAUUUGAAAAAUUGAUAAGUUCAGUUGGGACUGGAAAACCAUUGACACCAGAAGGUAUCCGUGUAAAUCCUAUUGGCAGAUCAAUGGGACCUGCAGUGAAAUUAUCAGAAAUAAGUUUAACAUCAAAUCCGGCAAUCGUCGAAAGAUUUAGUAAUUAUAAAUCUGAAUUAAAUGAUUUCACUGGCUUUAUGCUUGGAAUUAAAGAUAAGGAAAUCAAGACGGAAAGCUAUCGUAAUCCAUUUGACAUUUCACGUCGCACGUUAUUAGAUCAGAUAGCUCGAAUGAGAGCAAAUUAUUUACAGUCUUCAGUUAAUCAUACUCGAAUACAAGAUGAUGAUCAGUUACAUAGCUUACCAGUUAGUCAAAUGGGUAACUAUCAGGAAUAUUUAAAACGGAUGCCGACGCCGCUUCGUGAGAUUGAAUCAACGCCAGUUCGACAGCACAUGUUCGGAAAUCCAUUUAAGAUAGAAAAGAGGAUGAUGGUUGAUGAAGCAGAUAUUGACCCAGUGGGCGGUGGUGGAUCUCCAACUCGCGGCCAGAAAAGACCUGUAGAUUCUCCUACUGGUUUUCCACGUUCCAAAAGAAAACCAGGACCUCUGCCACGUGAAUUUAGACUUUGGAGGCCACACAGUCCUAGUCCGACUUCAAAUAUGAAUUUGCAAAAUUCUCUCUCUCCUCAACCGACAUCAAAUGGUCCCGAAGAUAUAGAAUUAUUAUUUGAAUCAAAAGGAAGAAUGAAUAUACAAUCAAACCAAACUAAUGAAGGAAAUGAUUCCCCGUGGGAUAUUCAUAAUUCAUCAAAUAGAAUAUUACUCAAUCAUGUAAAUUCAAGACCUACUUCCAAUCACAUAGAUGGGUGGAAUAUAAAUAAUGAUGUUACAAGUUUAGAUUCUGACGAUUUAGAACAAAAUGAAAAUUUCUUUAGAGACUGGUCCAUGAGAGCUGAAAUUGUUCGUAUUAGAGCUGAAAUAUUUAAAGAAAUUAGAAGGCCUGGAAGAAAUUUCGAAAAGUUGUUCCAGAGGUUACAAACAUUUCAAGGGAACAUGGCCACGAGAAUAUUUAUGGUGAGAGAAGUGAUACAAGAAGCGGGACGUUUUAAACGGAAAACGCUUAUAAAACUCCUGGAAGAUUAUGAACAGAAACUGUUACAGGGAGAGAACGAAGAAGUGUUACACGUUCCAGUGUCGAAUGUCCCCAGGUAGUCGAAAGGGAACGAGACGAAAUCUCGGACUUCCAUUUGCAGUACUUCCUACCACGCCAAUUGCCGGAUCGAACGAUUAUCACAAAGGUUUGGAGAAACGACACUGUGAUACCAACCAGUAUUUGUUUGGAAACAAGUACGAUAAGAAGAAUUGUUUUUUGUUAACCGAACAUAUCUUCGUCAUCGUUUGUACCCAUUGCGACGGGUGGACCAACAUUCUUAGGAUGAAUCUUUGCAAUACGGUUUGCAGUCGACGUCGCCCGAUCCUCUCGUUCGGAACGGAGCGGAAAGAAUCAGAAUAUCGGAACUCUGACAUUCGAAUGUAUAUAGGUUUCAUUUGGACAUCAUCGACUUCAGAAUUUUAUCUCAUUUCAUUUCAUAAGGUGCUCAGAAGUUUUAAUGAAUGAUCAUAUCGGAGUCAAUAAAAAUGUACAGAAAAAUAUUUAAAUGUUUAAAUUUGGUUUCAAAGUGCAAUUCAUAUACAGUAUUGUAUGUGCGAUGCAUCAGGACACUGUUUCGUGCCAAGACAAACCAAUAUACAGAAUCUUUUACAUUUAUCGAGACAUUUAUGUAAAACAGAGCAAUAUUUUAUUGUCCAUCUUUCCAGCGAAACAAUUUUAUAGCUUCCAAACUGAAUCGAAGGUAAAAAAAAAAGCACCGCUGAUGAAUGUGCUGAUGUUACAUACCGUCAUUGUAAAUAUGAGUACAGAUGUUUUUCGAUAGAACAACUAGAAAUAAAUUUUGUUAAAUAUA